GCUCUGCACUCGACAGGCAGCACUGGCAGGGUCACCAUGCAAUGUGUCGCCUUGGGAAACAUCCAAAUUAAACAGGUUAAGCGGUCUGACUGUCCUUUAUUAUGAGUGAAAGUGUUAUAUAUAAAGAUGGAGAACGCGCGCGCAUGUUACGAAUAAUAUUAAAUUCGAUUCAACGACCAAAUCACCGAUCGAUUUACACGAGGAAAAUCUAACGAGCAGUGAUGAAAGUGCAGAUGAUCAGCAAUACGCAAAGGAUUACAGUGGUUACAGUUACAUGGACGGAAUAGUCUACAGUUUGAAAACUGAAAAUUGGACCAAUGAAGAAUUACCGUGUUUGAAUGAAACCUUACGCUGGAUCCGGAGCUUGCAAAAUUUCACAACUUGGGCUGUAUGGGAAUGGGACUCCGUGUCAUCACAACCUCUGGGUAUAUUGUCUGGCAACCGAUUCCAACUGGGGAACUUCGACCAAUGUAUGUCCACGCCAUGGGACACAUAUCGCCACGAAAUAAAAACUCAGUACUGCCUCGUAGAGGUAGCACUUGAGACAGCGAAACACGUCAAGAAGAAAACUUUGGAUGAAAUAGAACCUUAUGGAAACGUAUUGGAAUUGAUACAGCACGAAACACCUCAUUUCCGACCUCUGAAGUAUCUAACUUGGGGAGCAUGCGUGCCUGCUUGUUGUCAGCCGCAGUCUGUGGAGAGGUUGGUGCGAGUGGUUCUAUCGCACAGCCACCUCGGCGCCGCCGGCCUGCGCCCACGCAUGCACAUCCAUGAGGCCUGCCAGACACCCGACGAGUCCAAGACAUUUGAUGGGCCUUUUUAUGCAUUUGUGGUGACAAUUGGAAUACUAUGUGUAGUAUGUAUAGUCUGUACGAUAAUAAACAAUAAAGGAACGAAAAAUGUAACUUGCAAUGCAUUCUGUCUCGUUGAAAACUCCAAAGAUCUCCUUAAAAUGAAAAAAGAUGGAAUAGAAGUGAUAUAUGGCAUCAGGUUUCUGACGAUUUGUGGCAUCGUGAUGUUACAUCUGAGUGCCGUCAUUGAUGCCGGGCCCGUUAGCAAUGGAAUAAAAUUGGAUGAAGCUCAAAAAGAAAUCGGUUGGUUCGUUCUGCACGACGAUCUAUUAGUGGACACUUUUUUCCUAAUAUCAGCAUUCCUGUUGGCUAAAGGUAUUCUGGAGAUUGAAAACAGACCUUCUGUUGUAGUGCUUAUAGUCAGGAGAUAUGUACGGUUGGUGGUUGGCCUAGCUAUGGUGAUAUUCUUUUUAGCUGCUAUAUUUGAGUACACUGGAUCUGGACCUCUUUGGCACCGAUACAGCGAUGUCGAAGUAGGGGCAUGUCGAGAGAAUUGGUGGCUCAAUUUACUGAUGCUAAGCAACUAUAUCAAUGUAAACCAAAUGUGCCAUGUCGUGACCUGGUACACAACAUGUGACUUUCAUUAUUACGUGAUCGUGGUGAUUGUCUUUGCUCUGUAUAAACGUUGCUCGAAGCUCGGUGUGAUCAGUGCCAUCAUCCUGACCGCAGCAUCCGUCAUCAUACCGGGCGUCGUCAACUAUGCAAACGACUUUCAUCCCAUACAACUGUUCACGUAUGAAUUCCGCUCGAACCCCCGUGGAAAUCUGCAAUUUAGUGCAUCAUAUAUGAAGAGUCACACCAGGGCUGCGUCCUAUGCAGUUGGAUUCUUCGCUGGAUGUUUAUUCGUCAAAUAUAAAGGGAAGGGCAACUUCCGGAUCUCACAGGCGAGAUCCUUGAUAUACGUCUGUGCAGCUUUUGCAAUUAUGUUGAUCGUCCCUUCCCUCGGAGUAUCUUACCUGCACAGAAGCUACUAUGAGCUGGAGGGGCACCUGUACGCAGCCCUGAACAGGCCUAUAUGGGCGGCAGGAGUCGCACUGCUCAUACUUACUUGCUCCUUCGGGCAAGUCCCUCUGGUGACUGGUUUCCUCAAAUGGUAUCCAUGGGUUCCCCUCAGCCGGUUGGCGUACGGUAUAUACCUGGUGCACUUCCACAUCAUAUUCAGGAACGUCGCCAUCACCAGGAAUCCAGAGUACUACGACAAUUUAAGUGUUUUCAUAUCUUCAUUGGGCGUAAUUUGUUUAAGCAUAUUAUUUGCUUUGCUCCUGUGGCUUUUCAUCGAAGCACCAGCGAACAAACUUCUCGUGCUGUUAUUGAAAAGACGAACUAACGAAGGAAGGGGAAAAAACGGCAACGAAGUGAAGAAUCCAGUGGACAUUCCUUCCGAUCAGACGAGCGGAAAAACCAACAAUGGUUACAUUGAUGAUAACUUCCCAAACAUAAUACAGUUUUCUAAAUUAUAAUGUUUUUUAAGAAGUACUUGUUAUAAGAAAAUAUAAUUAUAUGUAGGUAAUAAAUAAAUUUUUAUUAGCA